AUGUGUUGCUAUCUGAUUGCUGAUUCUUCAUCAGACUCACUAAAUGCUGCUUUAGAUGCUAUCUGCCUGACCACGGAACUGGUUGUGUAGGAACUAAAACCUCAUCUAAUGACACUGCUAAAUGUGGCUGUGGAGAGAAAGAAAGGCAUAGCUGAGCAGGUGGUUCAGAGUGGCAUUCUGCCCGUCCUGGCUCAGGCUCUGAGGGGGAGGACCGCUCUUACUGUACACACAGCCAGACUGGUGGCUGAGCUUGCCAGGGAGGCUCCUGUAAAAGACAGCUGUUUUGAAACUGGUAUUGUAUCUGCCCUUCUAACACUGCUGCUCAGUAAGGACCAAGAUUUGCACUUGCAUGUUAGCCAUGCCAUCGGGAGAAUCUGCUAUGACAGCAAUUUGCAGCAGGACAGGAUGUUAAGAUUGGGAGCAGUUCCAAGACUGGUGGCUGUGCUGCUGCAGUACUGUGAAAAUGAGGCCCUCAUGAGCUCCUGUCUACUGGCUCUUUGUAAUCUGGCUGAUAUGGGCGAGGAGGACAACUCUAAAUUUGUCCGGGAGAGGAGAGUCUAUUUUGACUUUAAAGGGCAUGUAUUCCAGGGCACCUCCCAGCACCCAUCUGACUGUACAUCAGCAGUAAGAAUAAUCCAACUCAACCAGUGGUGUCAUGGUCAGUACUCAGUAAAGGUGGAAACGUUCCAACGAUGCUCCACUCUCAUUUGGGGGAAACACAACAGACGGCAAACUGACUUCCCAAACAUGGGGAAUUUUCCCAAAUUCUACAGGGUUAUUAAGGACUCAUUUAAGAAAGAUCCUAAGUUUCAAAGCAACAGUGUUUCAAAAUUUCUUGUAAGGAUUAACUCAGAUCCAUGA